AGUCUGCCCGAGCUCUGGAUGUGGGCGCCGGACAAGUCCACGGCGCCUCCCCCCAAGAUGGACAGCCGCUACACCAGCACUGCAGGCAUCGGGGACUUGAACCAGCUGAGCGCGGCCAUCCCGGCCACGCGGGUGGAGGUGUCCGUGUCCUGCAGAAAUCUUCUUGACAGAGACACAUUCUCUAAAUCUGAUCCAAUUUGUGUCUUAUAUGUACAAGGAGUUGGAAAUAAAGAAUGGAGAGAGUUUGGAAGGACUGAAGUGAUUGAUAAUACUUUAAAUCCUGAUUUUGUACGAAAAUUUAUCCUGGACUACUUUUUUGAAGAAAGGGAGAACCUUCGUUUUGACUUGUAUGACGUUGAUUCCAAGAGCCCCAACCUGUCCAAACAUGACUUUCUGGGACAAGUGUUUUGUACAUUGGGGGAGAUUGUUGGUUCUCAGGGAAGUCGCCUGGAAAAGCCAAUAGUAGGAAUUCCAGGGAGGAAAUGUGGUACGAUCAUACUUACAGCAGAGGAGUUAAACUGUUGUAGGGAUGCUGUUCUGAUGCAAUUUUGUGCGAACAAAUUGGACAAGAAGGACUUCUUUGGAAAAUCAGAUCCUUUUCUUGUUUUUUAUCGAAGUAAUGAAGAUGGCAGUUUUACAAUUUGUCAUAAAACAGAAGUCGUCAAAAACACUCUAAAUCCUGUAUGGCAAGCAUUCAAGAUCUCAGUCAGAGCAUUAUGUAAUGGUGAUUAUGACAGAACAAUCAAAGUAGAAGUAUAUGACUGGGAUCGAGAUGGGAGUCAUGAUUUCAUUGGAGAAUUUACCACAAGCUAUAGGGAACUUUCUAGAGGACAAUCGCAAUUCAACGUAUAUGAGGUGGUGAAUCCCAAAAAAAAAGGAAAAAAGAAAAAAUAUACUAAUUCAGGAACAGUAACCUUACUCUCUUUUUUGGUAGAAACAGAAGUUUCAUUCCUUGAUUAUAUUAAAGGAGGAACGCAAAUCAAUUUCACAGUGGCUAUUGAUUUUACAGCAUCAAAUGGCAACCCUGCCCAGCCCACUUCUCUCCACUACAUGAAUCCUUACCAGCUGAACGCCUAUGGAAUGGCACUGAAAGCAGUGGGAGAAAUCGUUCAAGAUUACGACAGUGAUAAAAUGUUCCCAGCUCUAGGCUUUGGUGCAAAACUGCCUCCAGAUGGAAGGAUAUCUCAUGAAUUUGCUUUGAAUGGGAACCCUCAAAACCCCUACUGUGAUGGCAUUGAGGGGGUCAUGGAGGCUUAUUAUCGGAGUCUGAAAUCUGUACAACUGUAUGGGCCAACCAACUUUGCUCCUGUAAUUAAUCAUGUAGCAAGAUACGCCUCUUCUGUAAAAGACGGUUCCCAGUAUUUUGUGCUCCUGAUUGUGACGGAUGGUGUUAUCUCGGAUAUGGCUCAAACCAAGGAGUCCAUAGUCAAUGCUUCAAAACUUCCAAUGUCAAUAAUUAUAGUAGGUGUUGGACCAGCAGAAUUUGAUGCGAUGGUUGAAUUGGAUGGAGAUGAUGUAAGAGUUUCCUCCAGGGGAAAAUAUGCUGAAAGAGACAUUGUACAGUUCGUGCCGUUCCGGGAUUAUAUUGACAGAAGCGGAAACCACAUACUGAGCAUGGCCAGAUUGGCUAAAGACGUCCUCGCGGAGAUCCCGGAGCAGUUCCUCUCCUACAUGCGGGCCCGCGGAAUCAAGCCAUCCCCCGCGCCGCCCCCCUACACCCCGCCUACACACGUGUUACAGACUCAGAUAUGACCGUGCUCGCAACCGUCCCCGUGAACUACCCAUCGCGAAGAACUGCUGAGUCAACGCUUUGCUCCUGGUGCUCUGUCGCGAACCAGGGAAUGAGAUACUCUUCUCGGUUUGAUUUCAGCAGUCCUGGUUAAUACGCUUUCUUGGAUCCAAAAUUAAUUCUCUUUCUAAACCAAAACUGUAAAUAUGGUUGUUGCAUGAGCAACAGAAAAAUUGUUUAAAUGCUUGAAGCAAAAUAUGGAUGUCUUCUCUGAAUCUAUCUAUCUUUCUUUCUUUCUUUCUUUCUUUUUUUUUUU